GACUCAGUCUGAGAAAUGAAAAAAAAAAAAAAAGCAACCCUUUCUGGUGGCCUCCACGCAGCCUCCCCAAACGCAGCACACCUAGCUGUGGGCGAGGACCCAGACACCCUGGUGCUGAGUGGAGAGGCUGCGUUCCAGAAGAACUCAAGAAGGACAAAUAAAGCCAUGAUAUUUCCAUGGAGAUGUCACGGCUUUCAGAGGGGUUCGCGGCCUUCCGUCAAGGUGUGGGUCUGGGCCAUGCUCUGCUGUGAUUUCCUUGCACGUGAUGGAACCAAUGGCUGGACUUACCACUAUUCUGAAAAACCCAUGAACUGGGCAAAGGCUAGAAGGUACUGCCAAGAAAAUUACACAGAUUUAGUUGCCAUACAAAACAAGGGGGAAAUUGAGUACCUGGAGAGGACACUUCCCUUCAUCAACACUUACUACUGGAUAGGAAUCCGGAAGGUAGAAGGGAUAUGGACUUGGGUGGGAACCAACAAGUCUCUUACCAAAGAAGCAGAGAACUGGGGAAAUGGAGAGCCCAACAACAGGAAGUCCAAAGAGGACUGUGUGGAGAUCUACAUCAAGAGGGUCAAAGACGCAGGAAAGUGGAAUGAUGACUCCUGCUACAAACAAAAGAGAGCCCUCUGUUACACAGCUUCUUGUCAGCCCUGGUCGUGCAGCAACCAUGGAGAGUGCGUGGAAACCAUCAAUAAUUCCACCUGCAGCUGUGAUGUAGGCUUCUACGGGUCUCAGUGUCAAUUUGUGAUUCAGUGUGAGCCUUUGGAAGCCCCUGAUUUGGGGACCAUGGACUGUCGUCACCCCCUGGGGAACUUCAGCUAUUCCUCCAGGUGCACCUUCAACUGCUCUGAGGGAACAGAGCUCAUUGGGAUUGAGGAAACCACUUGUGGACCUUCUGGAAACUGGUCAUCUCAAGAACCAAACUGUGAAGAAGUGGACAGAAGCUUCUCAAUGAUCAAGGAAGGCGACUAUAAUCCUAUCUUCAUUCCGGUGGCAGUCAUGGUUACUGCUUUUGCUGGGCUGGCAUUUAUCAUUUGGCUGGCAAGAAGAUUAAAGAAAGGUAAAGAGUCCCGGGAAAGAAACAUUUUUAUCUCUGUGUCGGCAAGCGCGUUUGCAGCUGCUGAACCGUGGUCUGCCCUGGAAGGUCAUCAUGAGAGCAGAGUCUCAGAAUCCAGUUCUCCCUUGGAAAGUGCCAAUGAUCCAUAUUAAAGCACCCUUCGUGGAAGAAAAUUCUUCAGCUGCUCAGGGGUUACUGGACCCUUCGGAUCCGUCCCCAGAACGUAUCACGUGGUGUUGAAGAUGAAGUGCGUCUGUUUCGCGGCAUCUGGAAAGAUUUCGGCAAGACCGGCAAGCUCGUUCUGCUCCCGCUGUGCCCCUCACCCACCCCUGCAGCCCCCGCUCCGGCUGUGCCUUACAUAGCUCAGUGUUUUAUUCUCUUUUUCAUGGACCAUGGGGGAGAGGAUUGCUAGGGAAUGUAAAGAUGUCCGGUUUUGCUCUCUAUCCUGACUCCAUUUCCAGUUCUAAUUCCACGCUGUACCUGCUGACCUUAAAUACAGUGGAAACCUGACCCAUGUGUUCCUACUGCCUCUGAUUCCUUGCAAGUUUUAUGUCCCUCGCCCUCCGGUGCCUCUAGGGGUGCUUUCUUAGACAUAAGUUCAUAAAAGUGCUGUUGUUCUUGCUUUCCAACUCCCACAGAGUAGUGGCGGGGGGGGCUCAGCCCCAAACAGAGAACGUCCUGCUUCUCACCUUCUGGAAAUGAAGGUCGUCCUAUUUAACUGCCUCCACACCCCCCACCUUCGGCCCCCCAUUCUGUCUCUUGUUCCCAGCUGGCUGGCUUCCGCAUGGAGCAUCUCAUGAGGACCAAAUCAAAAGAGAGAAGAGUGAGAUAGUCUGCACUGAUAUUUUAAAUUUAUUUUUUAUUCUUUGGUUUUCAGUGUUGCUCUUUGUACUGGACCCCCCCCCCCCAAGAUAUCUUGUAUUUGAUGCUUUUUUUUUUUUUUUUUUUUAGUGACCACUCUAUUGUUAAUU